AAAUCUUUGAACGUAACGUACACGCUUCGUUUGUGUCGACGGUAGGGGCGGAUAAGUGUUGCGCGAGUUUAAUGGUUUUUUCGCCAGUAGAAAAUCCAAUUUCCGACUGUGUUCCGUAACCGUUUCAACAUAUUUUAAGAAUUUUAACAAAUUGACGCAAUUUCCACAUAAAGAAAUGCAGUUUAAGUGAUAUAUGAGUGUUGAAAGAGCACGCAAUAGUCACGCGUGUGUGUGUUGAAAGCAAACCGUAUACGAAUACACGAAGCAGAGUCAAAGCGAAGCACAGUGCAAAAGGCAUUUAACAAAAAAAAAUAUAGAAAAAAAAUUAGCACUUGAAAAAUUACAAAAAAAAAUUAAAAAAAAGCAUGAGACGAAGCAAUUUCAAAUUAUACAUAAAGUGUAAAAUUCGAUGAAGUGCAUUUUGAAAAUGCCAAAAAAGUGAAAAUUUAACAACGCGAAUGCAACAGUAGCGCACAAACACAUAUAGUAACACAUAUACACACAUACAUAAACAAGAAGAGAGACGCAUUCAUAUGAGCUUGUAUUGAACGCAGUGUGGCCAAGCAGCAAGCAGAACCCAGUACGUAUUGUAAGAGACACGCACGUACGCAUACACAAACAGACAACACAUAGUUGUUUUUGCGCUCUCUUGCAUAUUUGCUUUUGUUUUGUUUGGGUUUUUGUCAUACGCGCCAUUUCGUUUAUGUUAUUGUUGUGUUCGUUGAGUCGCGCGCGUUGGGCAAGGACGACAACGACGCCAUCUAUUGGAGCAAAGCGGCGCCAACAGCGAGUCAUUUGACAGCCUUCUCCGAACACUGAUUAAUUGUCAACAGUGUGGGGCAGACAGGCGUAAGAGUGAGACGGUGGCUGAGCUAACGUUCUAACAGCUGUUAAGCUGACGGUAACGGCACGGAACGGCUAAACCAUGGAUACAUUUCGCAAGUGGCUAAACAAACCAAAGGCUGAUGACAAAUCCUUGCUAGCACGCUUCUACCAUGCCGAUCGUUCGUUGACCGCCGUGGCUAGUGAGCUGGACAGCUUUGAUGGACGCGCCGAGCCGGAUCGUUGUACGCGUCUGGUUAGCAGAUUGCGCCAGAAUCAGGACAAAGUGCUGGCCAUAACCAAUUUGAUUAUGGAGGAGCUGCUAGGCGAAGAGCGAGAUCCGCGCGCCUUUCGUGCCAAGUUCCCAGAGGAAGUGCUGCAGGAGAAUCUGGCCGGCCAGCUAUGGUUUGGUGCCGAGUGCCUGGCCGCUGGCUCGUCGAUUCUAAAUCGUGAAUCCGAGAGCAAAGAGAUGCGUCCGCUGGCGCAAGCAGUCACCAAAAGUCUGGGCAACGUGCGCGUCCUGCUGCGCGAUCAAUGCCUGCGCAACAAUGUGCCCAACAGUAAGACACUGCAUCUGGACUUCAACGACUCAACCACCGAGCAGCUGUACGAGAGCCUGAAGAUCUUCGAUCAUCUAUUUGCCGAGUUCGAGCUGAGCUAUGUGAGCGCCAUGGUGCCCGUAAAGUCUCGCCACGAAUACGAAAUGCAGCAAUGGAUUGGUGUGCUCUUUUCGGAAACGUUGCAGCGUGCUCUUAAGAUCGGGCUGCUCGAGCAGGACAUGGUCGAUGCCUUCGAUCCGGGUCUAAUGUUCUCCAUACCCCGAUUGGCAAUUGUCGCCGGGUUGGUUGUCUAUGCCAAGGGUCCGCUUAAUAUGGACAUGCCGGGCGAUGAGCUUUCCGAGAUGUUUCGUCCAUUUCGCACAAUACUUAUUAAGAUCCGGGAUCUGUUGCGCAAUCUGAGCAAACAAGAGCUAAACCAGCUGGAGAAAUUGCUCUGCACCAAUGAGGAGAUCAAUACGAAGGUGCCAGUGGGCUCCAGUAGCAUUGAGGCGCCUAGUCCUGAGCAUAACAACACCACCAGCAGCCCCACCAGCAACGGCAACAAUAAUAAUAACAAUAACUCUAGCAGCAGCAGCAGUGGGAGGGGCAGCAACACAGCGAAAGGCAGCACAACUGGCACGCACAAAGCCGUGGAACGCCUGGUGGAUCAUCGCAACAACAACAACAACAACAGUAGCAAUGCGAGUGCAGCCCAGCCGGCGACCUCACGUUCUCCGUCCAUGAUAUCGCUGUCAGCAGGCAGCACACCAACAGCCUCGCCAGCGCCCUCGCCGACGCCCUCGCACUCCAUAGCGUCCACUUCAUCGGCGGCAACAACGUCCACAAAUCCUCCAGCCAAUUGGAGCGAUUACGAUGAAGAUGAUGAGGGCUUAGACGAGGAGGUUGGCAUGCUGGAUAGCGAUGAGGACGAUUUAAACGAUGAUAGCGACAGCGAAGUGGACGAGUAUAUUGAGGCGCAAUUGAAGGCGAUUGUGGCAGCUGCCGAUUGUGCCUCUGGCUAUCUGAUACCCAAUACAAAUCUGGGCAAUCUGUUUCAGCCGCAACAGCUGCCACUCACGGACAACUUCGUGGCCAGCGAAGACGAUGAGUUUGGCAAUGCGACAACGGGACAGCAGCAGCAACAGAAGGAAGAGCUGGAGCUGGAGGACCCGCAACAGCAGCAACAGCUGCAGGAGGAGCCUAGUACGAGCGCUGCCAUGUUGGCGGCACGACGCACACUACAGCGUCUGCGUUUGCCCAGCAGCAGCAGCGAGAACGAGCAGACGCCCAGCAGCAAUCAGCAGACGACAAUCAAGACGCCAAAUGGCAAUCAGUCAAUACGCAACAGCAACAGCAGCAGCAGCAACAACAAUCGCCAUCGGCACAGUCACAGCAGUCAUCAUCAUCACCAUCAUCAUCGCCACCAUCAUCAUCAUCAGCAGGAGCAGCAGCAGCAGCAACAGCAGCAGCGGCUGCAGCCAGCAGAUCAUCACCAUCAUCAUCAUCAUCAGACGCAUCCACAUCGCACAAAUCGCAGCGCACGUAAACGUUGCAGCCAGGAGCAUUGGGAGUCCACAGUUAAUGUGGAACAGCAAGCAGCAGACCAUAGCCCGGCCAGCGCUGACACCAGUAAUGCCUCGUCGUUCUCCGACGAUGUGUCGCUGGCCAUGCGCAACACCACGGCGCGCCUAAAGUUCAAAAGCACGGAGAAUCUGCUGCAUCGUCUGUUCGUCUGCAUUGCUGGCGUUGCCGAUCAGCUGCAGACGAACUUUGCCUCUGAUCUGCGCCAGAUAUUGCGCAGCGUGUUCCUUAUAAAUAUGUCUUCGUCACAGGACGAGGACAUUGAUAUACCAGAAAAGACAAAGGAAUCGGAGCUAUUCGAGUUUCGUGCCUCCGAAAAUGAUGUGAUACAGGAAAGCGCCGGCUCCAAUCAAAGCAUUUACUCAGCCGAGGAGGUCAAUCCGGAGCUGGACAAUGUGUUCAACAAUAGCAACACAGCUGCCCGGCAUUCAGCGGGCGCAGCAAUGCAGCGCAACAAUACGAUAGAUUUGGCCAGUGGCAAUAAUAACAGCAGCUCCAAUGCCACGACGCGCAGCCAUGUGGCGCGCAGUCGUAGCUUGGGUGAUCAGGACGCAGCCAGCAGCGGUACGAUACAGGAUGAACAGCGACAACAACAGCAGCAGCAACAACAACAGCAGCAGCAACAACUUCAACAGCAACUACAAAUGCAGCGACAACGCAAUAAUUCUGUCGGCAGCAAUUCACCUUCUAGCGCCUCCUCGAGCAGCUCCAGCUCGGAGCACAAUUCACCCAUAAGCACGCGCAGUGGCAGCCGAAGGCGGCUGCACAGCAACUCGUCCAUUGGCACAACAUCGACAUUGGCAGCCACAACUGCUGCAACAGCAACCACCAUGUCGCCUCCCGCUUGGAUACCCGAUGGCAAGGCGCCGCGUUGCAUGUCCUGCCAGACGCCAUUCACUGCGUUUCGGCGACGUCAUCAUUGUCGCAACUGCGGCGGCGUCUUCUGCGGUGUCUGCUCCAAUGCAUCCGCCCCGUUGCCCAAAUAUGGUUUGACCAAAGCUGUGCGCGUCUGCCGCGAAUGCUAUGUGCGUGAGGUGCGCUCCGCACGCCAGCCACCGACGUCGCAGGCGCACAGCCAGGCGAGCAGGCCGCAGGCAGCGAGCGCCUCUUAGGAGUGGCCAUUGGCGCCACCAACGCCGAGACCAAAAAUGUGCCCCACACCAAAAUUGGAGCCCGACCAAUGGAAAGAAAAGCAAACUGUGAAACGCAAUCGUUGUCGAAAUUGUUUUCGUUUUUUAUACUUUAUGUACACGCGCAAAAGAUAUCCAAUUUCCACAUAUAAGAAAAGAAUCCGACAAAUAUACAUAUAUAACUAACUAUACACUGUCGUGUAUACAACUUAUAUAUAUGUAUUUAAAAAAACUGAAAAAAUUGAUUAUUUUAACAAAUUGACCAAUCGAGAGUCGUUAUCCAAACUGUACAAUAAAGCUUCGAUCUAUGUAUUAUACGCAACUAUCAAUGUAACUAUAUAUAUAUAUAUAUAUAUGCAUACAUAUAUAUACUAAUUGUAAACAAAUGCUUUCAGCUCAUAUCAUAUAUAUCAAUGCAACAUUUAACACACACCCACACACACACACAUGAAUGUAUGUCUAUGUCAGAUAAUGACCUGCAUUUCAAAUAGAUCUUUUUCGGUUUUGGGACUGCGCAACGGAUCGUAGCUUUUUAAUUGAAAUCGUUCUGUCACGUUUAAGAUCUAGAUUCUAGAUUAUAUAAUGUAUAUAUAUUUUUGUAGUAUGUGCAGCAAACUGAGCAGAAUAAUAGACAUAAAUUCUAGCAAAAAUUUGCAAAAAAAAAAAAAAACAUUAUUGUGAUUUAUUGUUAUUUAUAUGCCCUGUAGAGAAAAGCGCAAAAACUUGUAUGCAUUGACGAUUCAGCUGUUCGCAGCUUAAUCGAAUACAUUUACUUUAUAUGCAGGGCGUGUAAAUCGUUAUAGUCGGUAUAUAUCGGCUAUUGUGUUCUUACUUUAUACGAAAUCCAUUUUAUGUUAAACAAUUCUUUAAGCUAGCGAAAAAAUUCAGUUGAACCCUUAUAAAACACAGUUUUACACACAAUAUACAUA